CGCCGGGCGCGCUCCAUUGGCGGCGGAUUCGAAUGUUCCAGUCGGGAUCUCCGGGCCGGAAGGAGCGCUUGAGCGGCCGCGUUGUUCUAGUUGUUCCAGCGGGCGUGAGCCCCGGCUCGGUGCUGGGGGAUCUCGGAAGCUAAGGCAGCUGGAGCCUGAGCGAGAGGAUGGCUCUGUCCGCGACAGUCUCCCAGAGAAAGCGGAUAAAGCGGAAGGCUCCCCGCGGCUUUCUAAAGCGCGUCUUCAAGCGAUGGAAGCCUCACCUUCGUCUAGAGUCAACAGGCGACUUACUGAUGCAUUUGAACUGUUUACUGUUUGUUCGUCGAUUAGCAGAAGAGUCCAGGACAAAUGCUUUUGAGAAUAAGUGUGGAGUCAUCAAAAAGGAGCAUGUACAGGCUGCAGCAAAGGUAAUUCUAAAGAAGAGCAGAGGUUAGAAGUCAAAAAAAAAGAAGUCAAAGAACACAAUUUUGAAAAUUAUAUGGUGUAUUAUUUUAGGUGGUGACAGAUUGUGAAAGCAGUUUUUAUGUUAUCAGCUAAUAUUGUGUAUUAUUAAACUUGGUUAGUAGA